AUGGGCAGCACUACAACCGAAACGCAAACAAUCACCGCAGAGAACGUCAUACGACUGUUUCCCGACGUCGACACUCACUUAGCUACCUCGCAUAGAGUACCCACAAGUGACGCUGACUUGCAAGGCUACGAUGAGGAACAGAUUCGCUUGAUGGAGGAGGUCUGCAUUGUCCUCGAUGAGAACGAUGUGCCCAUAGGAAGCGCGAGCAAGAAAGUCUGCCAUCUCAUGACGAACAUCAAUGAAGGCCUACUACACCGAGCUUUCUCCGUCUUCCUCUUCGACUCGAAAAAUCGACUGCUGCUACAACAGAGAGCUUCCGAGAAGAUUACAUUCCCAGACAUGUGGACCAACACAUGCUGCUCGCAUCCAUUGGGAGUACCUGGAGAGACGGGAGACGAGCUAGAGGCGGCCGUGCAAGGGGUUCGAAGGGCGGCGCAGAGGAAAUUAGACCAAGAGCUUGGUAUUGGGGCGAAGGGAGUGCCACUGGACAAAUUCCGGUUCUUGACGAGGAUACACUACAAAGCGCCGAGUGAUGGCAAAUGGGGAGAGCACGAGAUUGAUUAUAUCCUGUUCAUCAAGGCCGAUGUUGACCACACGCCGAACCCCAAUGAAGUGAAAGAUACUCGAUACGUCUCGGAGGCGGAACUAAAAGCGAUGUUCAAGAACGACAGUCUGAAAUUUACGCCAUGGUUCAAGCUGAUUUGCGAGUCAAUGCUCUUUGAGUGGUGGGAACAUUUGGAUCAAGGCUUGGAAAAAUAUACUGGAGAGAGUCAAAUCCGACGCAUGCUGUAA